GUCUCUCGUCGUCAUAUUACUAAUGACGUCUCUUCCUAUAAUCCUCGCAUCCUCUCCUCUGCGAAACCUAACCAAACCUUGUUCAACUUCUCAAAUUUCACCAAAACAACCUCCAAUACAUCUCCUAACCAAAACCCAUCUCUCUGUAACCAUUUCCCAACUCAUCAUCACUUCCCCUGUUCUCGCAUCUGAAUCAUUCGACUCAAUUUCAUCAGACCCAUCUUCUGGAAGAAUCGAUUUGGAGUCAAUUUUAGUCACAAUUGAUAAUUUCUUCAACAAGUAUCCAUUUUUCGUAGCGGGAUGUACUUUUAUCUAUCUUGUGGUUUAUCCAUCUGUGAUUUUUUACUUGAGGAAGUAUAAACCAAUAUCCGCCUUGAAUGCGUUUCGUAAGCUUAAGAGUGAAUCUGAUUCUCAGCUUUUGGAUAUUAGAGAUGAUAAGACUUUGGCUACAUUAGCAUCACCGAAUCUUAAGUUUUUGGGUAAGAGUUCUGUUCAAGUUCCGUUUAGUGAGAAUGAUGAAGAUGGGUUCUUGAAGAAAGUUAAAGGAAGGUUCUCUGAUCCUGAAAAUACAGUUGUUUGUGUUCUUGACAAUUUUGAUGGUAAUUCGUCGAAAGUGGCGGAAUUGUUGAUCAAGAAUGGUUUCAAAGAAGCUUAUUAUAUUAGAGGCGGCGCGAGAGGGAAGAAUGGUUGGUUGGCUAUUCAAGAAGAGCUUUUGCCUCCACCGGUGCAUAUGUAUACUGCGAAAACCGUAAAAUCUUCAAACAACAAUGAGGCGUCAAUUGUUGGAACUGAGAACUAAUUCAAGAACAUAGCGUAAUGUGGCAAGACAUUAUACUAACAGACCAUUGGAAUAUGAGAAAGCUUCUUUAGGUGUGGAAGACUAGCUAUAUAUUGAAAGACUUGUUUAGAUCUCAAGACCACUAUAGGCUUCGCAGAAGCUAACCUUGUCUACAUACUGAUUUCUCAGGCUAUUCCAAUAAAAUGAGAUUUGUUACUAUUGUGAAGUUUGUGUUUUUGUACCUGUUAUAUUGCAUUGUGUGACAGAUAAUGUUUUUGUGUAAUGUUCUUCCUGAGAUUGUUUGAAAAAAUUCACAUGCAAUUC